AUGAAGACGUAUCUUUUUUCUAUACCAACCAAAAAGACGGAUGAAACCAGUUGGGUUAAGCCGUUAAACAAUUACUUAUUGUCUAUUUAUGGAAAUACCACCGAAUACCAACUGGAUUUGGAGAAGUUUGAUAAAUUAAGACAAGAUAUCAGGGGGGUUAACCCAGACAACACAGGUAUAAAGUUAUACUACAACUACUAUAGUCAAUUAGAAUUAUUGGACUUGAGGUUCCCAUUUUCUACGGUAAAUAGACAUAAGAAGGUCAACUUUUCGUGGUACGAUGCAUUCCAACCAUCUGUUGUGCAUAAGCAGACAGCAUUGGCGUUUGAAAAAGCAUGCGUUUUGUUCAAUUUAGGGGCUUUAUUAUCCACGUAUGCUGGUGCAAAAUAUGAAGAGGCACAACGUAAUAGUUCUAUUGCAGCAGCUGAUGAGACUAUCAAAGAGUCAUUGCAGAUUUUCCAGCAGACAGCUGGGAUAUAUCAAUUUUUAAACGAGAACUUUUUGCAUGCUCCAUCAAAUGAUUUACACCAAGCUAGUGUCAAAUUCCUUGUUAAGUUGAUGUUGGCCCAGGCGCAAGAGGUGUUUGUGUUGAAGGUUAUAAGUGGCGAUUUAGAACAAAACAAAAAUUCUCUAAUUGCUAAGUUAUGCCAGGGUACUACGAAUCACUAUACAGAGUGCUUCAAUAUGGUGUGCAAUAUAAAUAAGUCUGGAGGCGGAAGUUCGCACGAUGACUUUGCAGUUACAGAUACGAACGAAAGUGUAGAUGAUAUACUUGGAGACGAUGACGAUGAUGAUGAUUUAGGUGACUAUAAUCCUGAAAAGAGUGGUGAACCACAAGUUACAGCAAGUAUUGAUUCAGCAUGGGUUGCAACUAUUCACUUCAAAGUUCAGUUCUACGAAUCGUUGUCACAUUACUUUCAUGGAUUGCAGUUAGAGAAAAAUAACAAAUACGGAGAUUCAAUUGCUUACUUGACAAAGUCACAAAAUAUUUUGAACGAAAUAUCAAGCGCCACCUUGAAAGCAAUUUCGAAAUCGGGCUCGAACGAUUCCUAUGAGCUUUUAGAUAACUACAAAUAUCAAAAAGAUGCUGUUGGAAUCAAAUUGACAGAGAUGAAUAAAGAUAAUGAUUUUAUCUAUCAUGACAUCAUUCCUUCACUAAUCACAUUACCCGAGAUAAAGCCAAUGGAUGGUGUCAAAACUAUUCCUAUCAAUAAUAGUAAGCUUUUCAACGAUUUAAACGAGUAUAACUAUAGCAACUUCUUUAAUAAUGUUGUUCCAAUCAAUAUUCAUGAGUUAUUGAGUUUCUAUUCAGAAGAGAAAUCUCAAUUCUUGAGAAAUGAACUUGAUUUGGUUGACGUUUCAAACGAAGAGCUGGCAUCCAUAUUGGAAUAUUUGAAAAUGCCAAAGUCAUUAGUUAAUCUCAAAGAAAUUAUGAAUAGCAGCAAGCAUGUUGAUACCAUGUCAACAUCGCUGGAAACUAACAUAGACCCAGGAGUUAGAAGUAUUGUUAACGAAGUAUCUUCGAAAUAUCAGACAGAUAUGUCCAACAAAGAUCAUAUUUCUACUAUUCGGAAAGAAAUAUAUAAUACUAUCACUGAAAGUGAAUCUAACUUGUCGGGUAAAUUUUCAGAAUCACUAAUCAAAUACAAAGACGAUUUAGUGAGGUUAAAAAAAUCGUUGAUUGAUGCAAGUAACUCUGAUAACAACUUAUUUGGACUUAUCAAUAACGAUAAUUCCCACCUAUACGCUAUUUUAGGUAAAGGAGCUGAUUCUCCGGAGUUCAAAAUGCUUUUUAACGUUGAUUCGCAGACUUCCAAGAAGCAAUCAAAUAAUGUGGAGAAUGAAAUCAGCUUAUUAGAUAUAGAUGAUUCACAGUUAUCGAGUUCGGUGAAUGCUACUGACUCAAUCGACAGCAAAAUCAAAUCCAUAGAAGAUAUUUUGCAUGACUUGAAUUCGAUCAAAAAUAAUAAAGCAAAGUUGGUGGACACGUUGAAGAAGGAAAUACACAAUGACGAUAUUUCUGAUAUUUUGAUCUUAAAUAGUAAGAUCAAAUCAACCAAUGAAAUAAAGACGGUGAUCUUCCCCGAAGAAUUGAAGAAGUUUGAUCCGUAUGGAAAAGAACUAGACAACUUAAUUGAACAAGAAAAAACAUUCAUUAAUGAAUUGAAGAACCAAUGGGCCAAUUUAUCGGAUGAUCCAAAGGUCAAGGAGAUCCAGUCAUCGAAGCAAUUCCAAAGCAAUUUAAUUAAACAUCAAACCGACAAAAUUAUAAAAUUCUACAAUCAAAACUGGAAGAAAUACAGCUUGGGAUUAAGCGCAGGGGUAGACUUCUACAACAAACUUUUGGCCUAUGCUCGACUGCUCAAGCAAAACAUCGCUACAGCAGUAAAUGCACCUCCGCAAUCGUCUUUUAAUGAGAACUUCAGCAACUUGAAUUUGGGCCCACAACACCUGGGGCCUCGAGCUCCACCCCGUCCUAACCAGUCGUACAGACCCUCAUACGGUGACCAGUCUGGAACACCACAAUACAACGCCAGUCAUUUUUCGUCUAAUUCACCUUCGUUGAACCACAAUCUUCCACCUCAGUACUCCCAGUCUUCGCUACACAGAUCGUCCACUGGUGGAAGUUUUGCCAGCCACCACUCCAACGAAAGUCCUGGCUCCUAUUCGAGACCACCCCCAGCUCUCCCACCGAAAAGACCAUCUUAUUCGGCCCAGCCUACACCACAUGCACCACCCCAAGCCCCAUACACCCAAUUCCAACCCCAAGCCUCCAACUACACGGAUAACUCCUCUUCGUCUGCAAACCCGACGAACUUGCCUCAACACCCGGAUUCCGGCACGAACGACCUCAUCUACAAUCAACCGUCAACAUAUCAGCCAAACAUGUACAAUUUCUUCUCAAGUAACUAG